GAUGGCUCUUGCUCACCAGAGCCUCACAAAGAUAAUCGCUCAGGAAGUGUUUCAGCCAAUCCCGGGCCGCCUUACACUCCGAUUUGCCGGGCCAGCCAAUCGGGGAUGAGCUCUUAUUAGGCGGCCAGAUCAUCAAGCCGAAGUGCCAAACCCUUUUUCUGUGAGAACUAGGAGCCUGUCCUCCAUGUUUUAUAAGUAUUGACAUUACACAGUGUUAACAAUGCAUCCACAGAGUCCCAAAUCUGCCAGCCUGUUCUCUCUUCUUAACUGUGGAAAAAUGAGACGGUUGCUUGAACAUGUUGGCUUGGCCGAGGAGGAAAUCAAAACAGAACAGGAGGUGGUAGAGGGCAUGGAUAUCUCUACUCGCUCCAAAGAUCCUGGCUCCGCUGACAGAACAGCCCCGAAAAGAAAGUUCCCCAGCCCUCCGCAUUCUUCCAAUGGCCACUCGCCACAGGACACAUCCACAAGCCCCAUUAAAAAGAAAAAGAAACCCGGCUUACUGAACAGUAACAAUAAGGAGCAGUCAGAACUAAGACAUGGUCCGUUUUACUAUAUGAAGCAGCCACUCACCACAGACCCUGUUGAUGUUGUACCGCAGGAUGGACGGAAUGAUUUCUACUGCUGGGUUUGUCACCGGGAAGGCCAAGUCCUUUGCUGUGAGCUCUGUCCCCGGGUUUAUCACGCUAAGUGUCUGAGACUGACAUCGGAACCAGAGGGGGACUGGUUUUGUCCUGAAUGUGAGAAGAUUACAGUAGCAGAAUGCAUCGAGACCCAGAGCAAAGCUAUGACAAUGCUCACCAUCGAACAGUUGUCCUACCUGCUCAAGUUUGCCAUUCAGAAAAUGAAACAGCCAGGGACAGACGCAUUCCAGAAGCCUGUUCCGUUGGAACAGCAUCCCGACUACGCAGAAUACAUCUUCCACCCCAUGGACCUUUGUACAUUGGAAAAGAACGCUAAGAAGAAAAUGUAUGGCUGCACGGAGGCCUUCCUGGCGGACGCCAAGUGGAUUUUGCACAACUGCAUCAUUUAUAAUGGGGGAAAUCACAAAUUGACGCAAAUAGCGAAAAUAGUCAUCAAAAUCUGUGAGCAUGAGAUGAAUGAAAUCGAAGUAUGUCCAGAGUGUUACUUAGCUGCUUGCCAAAAACGCGAUAACUGGUUUUGUGAGCCUUGUAGCAAUCCACAUCCUUUGGUCUGGGCAAAACUGAAGGGCUUCCCGUUCUGGCCGGCCAAAGCUCUGAGGGAUAAAGAUGGGCAGGUGGAUGCCCGGUUCUUUGGACAACACGACAGGAACAGAAACAGUCAUUUUCCAGAAAUCACUUGCCAAGCAACUUCAUUGAAGGCACUUAAGAACCUGGGAAGAAACAGAGCCUGGGUUCCAAUAAAUAAUUGCUACCUCAUGUCUAAAGAAAUUCCUUUUUCUGUGAAAAAGACUAAAAGCAUCUUCAACAGUGCAAUGCAGGAGAUGGAGGUUUAUGUGGAGAACAUUCGCAGGAAGUUUGGGGUUUUUAAUUACUCUCCGUUCAGGACACCCUACACGCCCAACAGCCAGUACCAAAUGCUGCUCGACCCCAGCAACCCGAGCGCUGGUGCCGCCAAGAUAGACAAGCAGGAGAAGGUCAAGCUCAACUUCGACAUGACGGCGUCCCCCAAGAUCCUGAUGAGCAAGCCCAUGCUGAGCGGGGGCACCGGCCGCCGGAUCUCCUUGUCGGACAUGCCGCGCUCCCCCAUGAGUACAAACUCGUCCGUGCACACGGGCUCCGACGUGGAGCAGGACCCCGACAAGAAGGCCAUGUCCAGCCACUUCAGCGCAAGCGAGGAGUCCAUGGACUUCCUGGACAAGAGCACAGCGUCGCCGGCCUCCAUGAAGAUGGGCCAAGCGGGGAGUUUAUCGGGCAGCCCGAAACCUUUCUCUCCUCAAGCGUCCACGCCAAUCACGACGAAAGCAGACAAGACGGCCACCACCGGAAGCAUCCUGAACCUUAACCUGGAUCGAAGCAAGGCCGAGAUGGACUUGAAGGAGCUGAGCGAGUCCGUCCAGCAGCAGGCUGCCCCCGUGCCUCUCAUCUCUCCCAAGCGGCAGAUCCGCAGCAGGUUCCAGCUCAAUCUUGACAAGACGAUAGAGAGUUGCAAAGCACAACUAGGCAUAAAUGAAAUCUCGGAAGAUGUUUACACGGCGGUAGAGCACAGCGAUUCGGAGGACUCCGAGAAGUCAGACAGUAGCGACAGUGAGUAUAUCAGCGACGACGAGCAGAAGUCCAAGAAUGAGCCGGAAGACGUGGAAGACAAGGAGGGCGCUCAGGUGGACAAAGAGCUGUCUGCGGUCAAAACAAAGCCCAAGCUGGCCAGCCCGGUGGAGAUCAAAGAGGAGCUGAAAAGCGCUUCGCCCCCCAGCGAGAAAGCAGACCCAGGCUCAGUCAAGGAGAAGGCAAGCCCCCCGCCUGAGAAGGACUUCCCCGAGAAAGCCAAACCCUCGCCUCACCCCACGAAGGAUAAGCUGAAGGGGAAGGAUGAGACGGAUUCCCCAACGGUCCACCUGGGCCUGGACUCUGACUCGGAGAGCGAACUUGUCAUAGAUUUAGGAGAAGACCAUUCUGGGCGGGAGGGUCGGAAAAACAAGAAGGAACCCAAAGAACCAUCUCCCAAGCAGGAGGCAGUGACUCUCGUUGUAGCUAAAGCUCCACCACUGUCCACUACGGCCGGUAGCCAGUCUCCCCCCGAAACGCCAGUCCUCACCCGCGCAUCCUCCCAAACUCCCACAGCUGGUGUCACGGCCACCACCAGCACCACGUCCACGGUCACGGCCCCGGCGGCCACCACCACCGCCACCAUCACAGGAAGCCCAGUGAAAAAGCAGAGGCCGCUUUUACCGAAGGAGACUGCGCCGGCCGUGCAGCGGGUCGUGUGGAACUCCUCAAGUAAGUUUCAAACGUCCUCCCAAAAGUGGCACAUGCAGAAGAUGCAGCGCCAGCAGCAGCAGCAGCAGCAGCAGCACAGCCAGCAGCAGCAGCCUCAGUCUUCCCAGGGGACGCGAUAUCAGACCAGACAGGCUGUGAAAGCUGUCCAGCAGAAGGAGAUCACGCAGAGCCCGUCCACCUCCACCAUCACCCUGGUGACCAGCACUCAGUCGUCACCCCUGGUCACCAGCUCGGGGGCCACCAGCACCCUGGCCUCUUCAAUCAACGCAGACCUUCCCAUCGCCACUGCCUCCGCCGACGUCGCCGCGGACAUCGCCAAGUACACUAGCAAAAUGAUGGAUGCAAUCAAAGGAACGAUGACAGAAAUCUAUAACGACCUCUCCAAAAACACUACUGGGAGCACGAUAGCUGAGAUUCGCAGGCUGAGGAUUGAGAUCGAGAAGCUUCAGUGGCUGCACCAGCAGGAGCUCUCCGAGAUGAAACACAACUUGGAGCUGACCAUGGCGGAGAUGCGGCAGAGCCUGGAGCAGGAGCGGGACCGGCUCAUCGCCGAGGUGAAGAAGCAGCUGGAGCAGGAGAAGCAGCAGGCGGUGGACGAGACCAAGAAGAAGCAGUGGUGCGCCAGCUGCAAGAAAGAGGCCAUUUUCUACUGCUGCUGGAACACCAGCUACUGCGACUACCCCUGCCAGCAGGCCCACUGGCCCGAGCACAUGAAGUCCUGCACCCAGUCAGCUACCGCCCCUCAGCCGGAAGCGGAUUCCGAGUCGAACGCAGAAACACUAAACAAGUCCUCCCAGGGGUCCUCCUCCAGCACACAGGCCGCCCCUUCAGACACAGCCAGCGCCUCGAAAGAGAAGGAGACGUCUGCUGAGAAGAGCAAGGACAGCAGCUCGACCCUCGACCUUUCUGGCUCCAGGGAGACGCCCUCCUCCAUUCUCUUAGGCUCCAACCAAGGCUCUGUUAGCAACAACCUGCCUCUGCCCCAACCGCCACAGACCACCAGCCGCACCCCACCUACCCGGCCCGGAAGUGUAAGUAUGACCCCGCCCCUGGAGCCGCCCGCACUCACUCCUGGCGUGCGAAGGCCGGGGUGUGUGCUUUGGGGGUGUGUCCUCUGCUGUUCUUCUGAGUGAUGGGUCUUGCUUUGGCUUGCACUUCUUCGUAACUGGGCCUCUGGUGGCCAUGGAAACGGCCAGAGCGUACGGUGUAGCUUCUAGAGGGGACAUCCUCGCUCAAAUAAUAAAAGCUCCCAGGUGAACACCGGUCCUCCCCUGCAGUGAUCGGCCAUACCAGCUAGUGCCGAGUCCCGUCCAUGGGAGGGGGUAGGCCCUACAGGUGCCGGCCCAGCUCAGCCCGCCCCUUCUGCUUUCACCCGAGCGGGGACUGGAUGUGGCGUGACUGCGUUGUUGCAGGAUUUUCUCACAUUUGGAGAUGACCAUCCACAGCACUCCCCAAAGUCCUUCCAGAAGAACUGAUGGUGUGGGCCAAGCAGGUCAAACUCGCGGCUAACACGGGCCAAAUAAAGAGGCGUGUGGCCCGCAGGCCGCGAGUUUGACCUGCUUGAUGUAGGCAGUGCAGAUCGGGCAGAAGGCUACGAAGAGGUCCAGUAAGGGCUGUUAAGGUAGAGCCGGCCCUUGAGAAGUACAGAUUGGUCGUUACAAAAUAGUCCGAGGGACAUACCGUACAGCAUAGGAAAUGUAGUCAGUAAUGUUAAUAACUAGGUAUGGUGUCAGGGGGAUCACUUGGUAAAGUUUACGAUUGUCUAAGCCCUAUGCUGUACACCCUAAACGAAUACAAAAUAAUACUGAAUGUAAACU